GAGGGCGCUACUGUUGCGUCAGUGCGUAAAUACGUGUGGUUUCAAAAGAUGGUGGCUCCCUGUACGAUGCGCGUGAGGCUGAAGGCCAGAUGAAAAUAGAUAAAUAUCCAAAGUACGAAGGUGUCGCUAAUAUUACGGUGAGCAAUGACCACCCCAACGAAGCCUCCUAAGAAAAGAUUCAUUCAGUCCAAGGCGAGCUUCACGUCCCCGUUUUCGGCCCAGUGGAGCCCCCUGCCGCAAGAGGACAUGCACUUCAUCCUGAAGACCCUUAAAGACAAGCUCGUCUCGACGGGGAUUCAGAAGAAAGAGGACAGAGUGUUUCGACCGUGGAGAAAAAAGAAGGGGGCUGCACCAGAGACCCCCAAAGUUAAAAGAGAAGGAACCACGGGGAGCACCACAAACGGCUGGACAGAUGUGUCGGCCCGGCGACAGCUGGCGAUUGGCAUAAACGAGGUGACCCGGGCUCUUGAGAGAAAUGAACUUCAGCUCGCGCUCGUGUGUAAAUCUGUCAAACCCAAGCACGUGACGGAGCACCUGGUCUCUCUGAGCGCGAGCAGGGCUGUGCCCGCGUGCCAGGUGCCUCGGCUCAGUGUCACCGUGCGCGAGCCUCUGGGGCUUAAAAGUGUCCUGGCCCUGGGCUUCAGAAGGGCCCCCGAGGGCCAGACUCUGCUCUUCACGGACGUGAUAGAGGCCAUCACGCCCCGGGUCCCCGUGCAGAGAGUCGCGUGGCUCCAGAGCGCAGCGCCCACAGAAAGACCCCCAGACACGGAGGAGGAGGAGAGUGAAGAGAAGAGAGGACUCAAAAGAAAACUAGAAGAAAGUAACGCUGAGCCAUCAGCUCAGGAUGUGUGCACACUACUGCCUCUCAAAGUCAAGAAAAUAGUGCCAAACCCCGAUAAAAAGAGAAAAGAAAAGAUGAGCAAAUCUAAAAAACUAUAAUCCAAGGAUGAAACCAGUAAAGUGUCUUAUUUAGCAGCAGUGUUGCUUAUCCAUGGGGUCAUGGCCUAUGUAAUGCUUUUAAUUUGUGAAUAGGCUCCAGGUUAUUUCUUAACUCUCAAAUUCCUUUGGUCUGGAGGGUCAGUUUUUUUUAUUAUUAAUUUUACUGAGUGUCUUUUGUUACAUUUCAUGAAAGAUAACUUUCUUUUGCAUUAGUCAUGAAUAAGAAAUGUCUUACCCAAAAUGAGUUUAUUCAAUCAAAUAUCCAUGCUGGUUUAGCUCAUGUGACAUUGAUUUUCAUGGGGACACAUCAGGAUGAUGCUGGUACAGAGUCUUCAGCGUUUUCACAGCUUGCAAUGGAUCUGAAUAAAAAUAUUUUCAGUCAAA